AUUGUGCUGAUUCGUUCGUUACAGAGACGAAUCCCAUCAAACGUCAUUUGUCAUUUUAGUACACAGUCGGAACGUUCACUUCAUAUCAUCAUAUCCUUUGUUCGCCUUCCGUUGGCUUUAUCUGUGCCUACCGUCUUCGUGAAUUUUGUGACUGAUCUGCUGGGUAAGAAGCUGUGAGUGGAUGCUGAAACUGGAUUGAAAAUGAAGAUUUAUCUGAUUGCGGCCCUUUUGGGUUUCGCUGGACUAUGUGUUAGAGCCAGUCCCACCUCCAAAAAACUUAUGAAUGGAGGCUUAUUAGUAGGAGCCGAUAAAUGUACUUGGGGACCCUCUUUCUGGUGUCAAAACUUCUCAUCGGCAGCUGGUUGCCAGGCGACCAGACACUGUAUCCAGACAGUUUGGGAACAUCAGACAUACCCAACUGAUCAUGAUGAUGUCUGCACGAUCUGUAAAAAAAUGGUCAAGGAAGCCAGGGAUCAGCUCAACUCUAAUGAAACAGAGGAGGAGAUAAAACAAGUAUUCGAAGGGUCUUGUAAACUGAUCUACAUCAAACCGAUUGUUAAAGAAUGCAUCAAGAUUGUUGACGAUUUCGCUCCUCAGCUUAUCGAUGCUUUGUCCUCCCAGAUGGACCCCAACACUGUUUGCUCUGUUGCUGGACUCUGCAACAGUGCAAGAAUUGACAAAUUGCUGGAAGAAAAUAAAGAGACUGAGAUCAAAUCACCUGAUCUCUUGCAUGAUCUAAUGACUCAAGAUAGUCAGAGGCAGAAGUGCACCAACUGUGUAUAUGUCAUGAACAAAGUUCGCAAUAACCUAGCUGAAACCCCUGAGCCAUCCUUCAUCAAAAAGCUCCUCUCCAAAUGCCGAGACAUGGGAAGUUUCUCAGACUCAUGUUCCACCUUAGUCGUCACACAUGCCCCAUCUUUUUACCAUUACCUUCAGGACAAGUUGAAUGAAGAAGAUGCCUGCUUUUUGGGAGGUCUCUGCGUUGGCGUGAAGCCAAAUCCACUGAUCAGCGCUGUUGAAGUUUUGCCCAAAGCUGUUCUCCGCACAGACGGAGAGGAAUUCAUUGAAGGUGACAUUGCCUGCGACAUGUGCGUGGCUCUAGUCCAACACUUCAAAGACAAUGUUUCAUUGAAUACAACAGCGCAAGAAUUCAAGAAAGUUUUGCUUGGCAUUUGCAGAAACAUGAGGUCCUUUAACAAAGAUUGUCAAAAUCUUGUAGAAGCACAUUUUGAACAGAUCUACGAUUAUCUCAGAAACGGAUUAGUCCCGAAAGAAGUUUGCGAUGAUGUUGGAAUUUGCCAUGGUUCAGUAGCACCUGCUCUGCAAAUCUCAGAAGCAGCCAAGGCUGAAGACAUCAAUGUUCAUUACAUAAAUGCCCAGGUCAAGCAGCCACUUAACCCGAUGAUCAUUGGAGAUGUCCUCUUACCUGCAAAUUUGGAUUUGAACUUACAAGACCCAGACAAGAAAUCGUCCAAACCCAAGAUUCACUCAGUUCCUCUUGAGAAAGACAUUAUCGCUGGAAGUUUACCCGUUGAGCUUUACUCUCCUCAUGCUUUCACACCCAAGAACCAGCCUUUGUGCACGUUCUGUGAUUACUUCCUCCACUUCAUCCAAGUUGAAAUUACGGACCCCUCGAAUGAAAAACACAUCAAGGACCUAGUCAAGGGGUCCUGUAAAAGGAUGCCUAAUGGUCUGGUUGAUGAGUGUCAGCAGUUUAUUGAUCAGUUCGGCGACGCUGUUAUCGCAAUGUUGGUGCAUCAAAUUGAUCCUUCCCAGAUCUGUCCCAGUCUUCAUGUUUGUCCUUCCGAGAUCAAUGUUGAAGGAAAAUCAUGUCCUCUGUGUCUGCUUGCAGUAAAAUCUAUCGAGGAUAAAUUGGAGAACAACAAAACUGAGGAAAACAUCAAAGUGACUUUGGAAGCUUUAUGCAGUCACCUUCCAGGCGACGUCAGGAAAGAAUGUGAUACUUUCAUUAUUGAAUACUUUGAUGACUUAAUCGAUAUGUUGGUGGCUGAUUUCACUCCACAAGAAGUUUGCACGUAUUUGAAACUCUGCACUCCACCGAAACUCCCUGGGGGAGAUAUAACUACAAAUGAAAUAUAUGAUGGCAGUGACUUCAAAUCGUUUAAGGAAUCUAUGUUCAAUGAAAUAUCGAAACCUCAUAGACAACUCAGUUCAGGAGAAGGCUGUUUCUUCUGUACUCUCAUCAUGAAUGCCCUGGAACAAGCUGCAUCGAACCGUGAUGUCGAUGAAAAAUUGAAGCAGGAUAUGAUUAAAGUGUGCCAGGCUUUGCCAGAUCCAGUCGGCAACUCGUGUAAAAACUGGCUGCGGAAGUAUGGUGACAUCAUAAUCGACACUCUGAACAAUUUCACUCCAAAAGAAGUUUGUCAGAAAAUCCAAGCUUGUACGACACUGGGUGGACUUCUUUUGACACCUGAAAUGCAUAUGAAUUUAGCACAACCAGAACCAGCACCAGCACCCGCGAGCAAUGAUUGCCCCAUGUGCAAAAGAAUCAGCGCAGAAUUAAAGAAAAUGAUUGAUAAUUCGGACGGCUCAAUAACUGUGGACGAGGCUCUGAAGUCCGUGUGUGCCCGAUUACCACUAGCCACUGCUGCUCAUAUGCUGACGCUUGAUGAAUAUGGAGAAUGGAUGAAUGGUGUGAAUGCAUUAAAAGAGCCCAUGUCACUGAGUAGUGCCUGUCAAUACUUCGUGGAUAGCAAAAGCACAGACAUUAUGGAUGCAUUGGCAUGCAACUUUACGUCUGAAGAACUGUGUCUUUUCCUGGGCUCAUGUCCCCUUGAAGGCCAGAAACUUCAAAGAGACUCUUUAAAUAAAUUCCAUGAUGGCAGUGACACAAGAUCAUUCAAAGAGUCAGUGUUGACAGAAGACAUGAGACCACAUCCUCGACUGAGCUCAGGUGACAGUUGUUUCUAUUGCACCCUAAUGAUGAAUGCCUUGGAAGAAUCCUUUGUGGACCGCAAAGUUGAUGAGCAAGUUGAGGAGGUCAUGAUGAAAGUGUGCAAUAAUUUGCCCGAUCCCACAGGUGAUUCAUGUAUGGAUUGGCUGCAGCCGCACUUAAAUAUGAUGAUUGACACUUUGCACGAUGUCCCUCCAAAAGAAGUUUGCAGGACAAUCAAUGCUUGCACUCUUGUUGGUCUUUCUAUGACUCCAGAUAUGUACUUAAAAUUGCAUGACACUAAGAUGAACAAUGUGGGUCUUUCUCAAAAUAACGUCAAAUCUGGGAAUCUCGAUGGUAGCACAAAAUCCUCCUCUUCAAGCGGUAGUGGCAAAUUGAAUAUUGAUGGGAUUUCGCCUACUGCAGCAGAACAGUUUGAUGAGGGAGAGUGUAAACUGUGUUUGUUUGUUGUGGGGAAUGUCAAGGAACAAAUUCCCAAAGCAAGAGGUCAAACUGAGCCGGCUGAAAUCAGGAGAUCAUUAACAGGUCUUUGCAGUUACCUUAAGAAGCCAGAGAGCAAGAAUUUAUGCACAAACUAUGUUGAGGGAACUGGUGAAAAUGUUAUAGAUGAGCUUGCCAAUGUAAAACCACGAGAUCUUUGCAUUCAUAUCCUAGCCUGUCCAUCCUCAAAAGUCCUGCCAUCUCAGUCAGCCCAACCAACACCAGGAGUAACAAAGUUCAACGAAGAUCCAGGAAAUCUUAACCUAUUGAGAAAAGCUCCUCAUCAUUACCGCAGGAAUUUUAUUACAGAUGUCUCUUCAACAAUGUCUGAUGAUGAUAGAGAGUCAAAUUCUGAAGAUGAUCUCAAUUUGAAAGGAGAUAAAUCAUCAGUCAGUUUGGAUCAGCAUUCGCAGUCAGCUAGUUUUGAUAAGAAGGCAGAUCAUGAGAUGAGCUCCUGUGAACUGUGCUUGCGGUCCAUGUUUUCUGUGGGACCUCUAAUGAACGAUGCAAAUUUAACAUUUGAGCAGGUGCACAACACCCUCACCAAUUCCUGCAACACUUUCUCAGGAGAAAGAUAUGAACAAUGCAAGAAAUUGAUGAAGGAGUAUGGAUAUAUCAUGGCAGCUAAACUGUUCAGCACACCCAAGACACCAUUUUAUGAAGUUUGUUAUGUCAUGACGGAUCCUCUUUGCUCGGGUGCUUACAUGAACAAACACUUAAGAGACAAGUUGAUGGACUUAUUUCUUUCUGAGUUUCCAAAAAACUUCCGUGGUGAUGCAGAAACGUUUGAGUUUGCACGAGAAGUUUCUGAGCUUGUAGCAACAGUUUUAUUCUUCAGAGAUGAUUUGGACUAUAUCGGAACACUAAAUCCUUCAACCAGUUCAACUACAGAGAGGACUACUAUAGAUCAUGAAGAAGUGGAUAAUGAUGAUGGUGAUAAUGAAACUUCAAGUAUUUCAGAAAAAGAGGAUGAUAGAAAUGGGACACAAUGUGAGAUCUGCAAUGAAGUCAUAAGGAGAGUCGAGCCAUAUAUUCGUUAUCCGAUUUUACAGCAGUUUCUACACUCGGAAAUCGAUAAAGCAUGUGAUCAUAUACAACCUCUUCAUUUCUCGAAGUGUCUGAAGUUUGUCACAAAUUACGGCAACAUGCUACAUGAAACUGCAUUGUACAACAGCAGAAAUACGGAGGAUUUAUGCUCUUUAACUGAACCUCAGUUUUGUUCCUCAAUCUCACAAGGACCCCCUACAAAAAAAUUGCAACAUCUUGGUAGCGGUUCCCUCGUGCGAGCAAUUGCUUUAAAAGUUUGUGAGCAUUUAGUUGAAAAAUUACUUGGUCAACUUGAAAAUGUAUGCCAAACAUUUCUAGACCGUCAUUGGCCAGAGGAAAAUCACUAUGAAGGAGAUCCAGAUUUGAUCAGACCCGUUAUCAAGGAUUGUGAUGUUUGCCAAGAAAUGAUGACUACUGUUUCGUUGGAGAAAAAAUCCCACAAAGUUGGCAAAUUCAAUCUCCGUGACUCCCUCUACGACUCUUGCGAGAUUCUUUAUGUACCUCAUCGUUGGCAGUGCCGAGGUGUUUUAAGGAAAUAUGGUGAUGAAAUGGUAUCAUACGCUACAAAACAUCACACUCACCUCAUGGAUGCCUGCACCAAAGCAUCUUUAAAUCCAUGUCACCCCCGCCGCGGUUUAAAUAUAGAGGACACUGAUGAUGAAGGGCAAGAUCAAGCAGAAAUGAACCAAUUGUUUGUCAAUAUGCUCCUGACUCAAGUUCAUUACUACAAUAAUCCCAAUCCAAGGUUGCAAAGAGAACGGCAUCGAUCAGAUGAGGAGUAUGAAGAUAAUAAGUAAACAUUGACUGUAAUUUUCAACCACAAAUUUACAAUGUGUUAUUAAAACCAUAAGGUAACCACGGAAAGUUAUAUAACAUUUUGUUUUAUCCGAAUAGAAUCAACAAUUUAAUUUGUACAGAACAUGCUAACUGAUAAUUAUCAUAAAUAUAAGUUCAAACUUCAAUAAAAUCAAUUAAAGAAAAUAAAAAAACUCAGAUUAUUUAUUUUCUUCUGCAUUUAUUUUUAGUCUGUAUCUACUUGAAAGUUGUGCUUAGAUGUCAUAGCGUUAAAUUAUUUCUUCUUUUUGUGGUGUACCAUGGUAUCAAGAUGGAUGUUUUUUCCUCUAAAAAAUUUUAAAUUAAAAACAUUAAUUAAUUUUAUUAUUUUACUUUCUGUAAUUCCUUGGAAAAAUUUCUUUAGCCUUACGAAGAGUUGGACCGGUAUGAAUUCACUGUAAUAAGCAGGCCUUAGAAUCUAAAAGUUCGCAAGCAUUUGAGAAAUUCCUUGGCUAACUUAAAAAUGUAUGCCAAAUAGAAACUCAGUAUUGUAUUUGUAUUGUUUUUGUAUUAUUUUGAUGCAUUCUACCAUGCAUAUUGAUUUUAAUGGUUUUGAAUCUCACGACAUUUUAAUCAAGACACCUAUCUUGUUUUUCUUGAUUUCUCAAAGUUUUCAGCGCUCAGGCCCUUUUGCAAGUAAAUGGUUAAAAUGCGGGCAGCUUUCCAUUCUCUUAUCAUCAGUCUAAUACUGCUAAAAAAUACACCUUAUAUGUAGUUCUGAUUGGAUAUUAUAACAAGGAUAAUUGAAAGUGCUUUUUGUAUGUACUUUGGCUGGAACCAUCCAAAACAUAAUGAGUGAUUAAAAAAAUCAUGAAACUGAAUCCUUGCAAAAUUGCUGAGCAGGUAAGGCAUUCUUGAAACGGGUUGGAGAGGUAGUUGUUUUUUUUUUUUUUUUUAUCCAAUUAAUCUUCUGUGUGAGCCAUAAUCAGUUUGUAUUGGCUGUUCUGUAAUAAAUUUCAGUCGAUAGAAAGGAUCAUGAAUUAUUUUUUCAUAUACAUCAAAUCAAGUAAUGUUAAGUGAAAUACAGCCAUGACAAUGACUGAAGUCCUAUCCCUGGUUGGGCCUUGAAAGAAUAAUUUUGUAAAACCUAUUUGCAUCACAAUAUCUAAGACCAGUCUUCUUCA